AAGAGAGAAGAGAGCAUGUUGUCAAGCGGCAGUGACAAAUUUUAUCCAACAAUGAAGUGCGAAAUGUGCCCGAAAAUAGUUGCAAACUUUGUGUUCGGUCUAUGCGAACGAUGCGUCGCCAUUUGGACCAGUCAACGGAACGUGGAGGAUUUGCACAUAACAAUGGACAAUGUGAAUGCGAUUCUCGUCGAAAUGGCGCAGGACAAAAAAUACUACGACGAUAUGGAUCAAACAUUUCGACGAUUUCUCGAGGACCAGAUGCGACGACGUAAAAAGAAAGUUGAUCUCUUUCAGAAUAUGCGCGAGAACUUUCAAACAUCACUCAUAAUGACAAAUAAGCGCACAGUCUGCAGGUUACCCUUUAAAACGGAAGAAAAUUACUGGGAACUGAAAGACUGCAAAUGCGAAAAACUUUUUGAAAUUCCGCCAGACGGGUUGCGAUCCAUUCACAGCGAAUAUAUUACGGAUUUCAACUAAA